AUGUUGUUUGAGACUAGCCAAGUAGAACGUUCAACUAAUAGACUAGUAGGUUCAUCCAACAGUGCCGGAAAUUCGGACUCAAACUUUGCUGUUUCUCUCUACUCUGUAUCUUCAAGGCACCCAUUGAAUGUCAGGCCAUCGGGAAACUCCAUACUACAAAGCGAUGAUAGCUUUGUAAGGUCAAGGCAAGAUAACUUGGGGAAGCUUGCUAGGUUUCCAGAUGACUUAAUCAUGACACUUUUGUCCUAUAUAGAUGAUCGAAAGGACUUACACCGCUUAUCUCUUACAUCUAGGUUCUUAUAUGCAUUCUUGUACGAUGAAGAGAUAUGGAGGAAGCUAUGCACCAAAGAGGUUCACCAAGAACUGGAGGAAGAAACCAUGACGACUUGGAGAGGUUCGUGGCGUUGUACAGUACUUCAUCUUGACGAAAAAGCUGAAUGUAAGCUACAACUUGUAGACAAUGAGCUUUGCUCAGAUAUCUUAUAUAGACCUUUCCAGUGUAGUAAUAUUGACUAUGACAAACUCUUCCAUAAGCUUUCGUUGGAUGAAUCUAAGCAGCCUAAUAUAACAUCUUACGAUUCGGUUCCCAGUGGAAGAUUGGCAAGAAUUCAAGAGAGCUACUUAACGAUACCAGAAUUCAAUUUGAAUUGGCACGACAAGCCAUUUAUCUUAACCAAUGAUUCCGCAUCAAGAUGGCCCAGAUGGGAUUUGAAGAGUUUGUUGGAAAGAUUCCCCAAUGUAAGAUUCAGACAAGAAUCUGUUCAAUGGCCACUUUCAUUGUAUGGAGAAUACCUUCAAAACAAUAAAGAUGAGAACCCAUUGUACUUGUUUGAUUGUAGUAGUGUUGCCAUGAAGGAAUUGCAGAAAGAGUACACUGCUCCAGAGAUAUUUCAGCAGGAUUUGUUUCGAGUAUUUGACAGCAAAGAUUCUAGCAACUGCCGUCCUGAUCAUGCCUGGUUAAUCGUAGGGCCCAAAAGGUCUGGGUCUACAUUUCACAAGGACCCAAACUAUACUUCUGCUUGGAACACAGCGCUUACAGGAAGAAAGCUUUGGAUAAUGCUUCCAGGUGAUAUUACACCUCCAGGAGUUGGUACAGAUGAUGAAGAAAGUGAAGUCACUUCACCUGUAGGUAUAGCAGAGUGGGUUAUUCUGGGAUUCUUUAAUGACAGCAUUAAGAUACCUGAAUGUAAGAUAGGUAUCACUUUUCCUGGAGAAUGUAUGUACGUACCUUCUGGAUGGUGGCAUCUGGUUAUCAAUUUGGACGACAGUGUAGCCUUAACUCAGAACUUUGUACCACCACCAAAGCUUCACAAUGCAUUGAAUUUUUUUAAAAAUAAAGGUGACCAAAUUAGUGGGUUCAAACCAAAGUACGUCAACAAUACCAUCAAAGAUUUAUUAUCUAAUGGAAUAGAGGAUCCUACUUCAAAAUUGUACGAAUUCACCAAAGAAUUCCAAAAGUUACCAUUGGAACUUCAAAAUGAAGAUUGUGGAGAGAUUUCAAGUUUACCUUCUAUGCCAAUAUUUGAAUUAUUUUCAGAAUUGAUGAAACAAAAUGGUAAAGAAGAUGAAUUGAACGAAGGAUUAAAAAAGUUAAACAAACUAGAGAAGGCCAAUAAUGGCCCCGGAAAGAGCGAAGCUUGGGAGAAGAUACAAUUAGAGAAAUCUAAUGGAUUUUCUUUCGGAUUUGAAAGCGAAGACGAGGAUGAUGACCUUGUUGAAGACAAUAACGAAAACUAA